AUGGCCAUACAUCAUCCGCCGCUCGGUGUUGAUUCCAAGGCUCCGUCGAUCAAUCUUAUCCAACAGCAGGUAUUAUCCUUCCUUAUGACUCAUCAACCGCGCGAAACAAUGCCCAAGGUUGAACGUCAGACAUUAAGAACAAUUAAGGCCGAAAGAGACAUCUUUAUCCUGCCAGCCGACAAAAGGUGUUCCACCGUCGUAUUAGACAGAGAAAAAGACUUUCAGAAGGCCAAAAACUUACGGGAGGAUCAAUUCGGGUGCAAUAACGUCAUCUGGAUAACGCAUGACGAGAGCGCAAGACAGGCCCGCUUCUACAGCCUUCCAAAGAUGAGCAAGGAGGGUGCUCUUCUACGACCCAUCGUAUCGCUGAAAGGCGCUCCAGCAUAUGCAUUGACAAAGUUGUUGUUUCGGAGUUUCUCAUUUCGGACCGCUGAUUCGGGCACCGUGGCCUGUUCCUCAACACAAUUCUUGGAAGAAAAUCAGAGUUCUGUCUCAGGCCGUACUUCAAAGUUGACAGUCUACGAGCAGGCGAAGGAGACACCAAUGGGUUCACCGAUUUCGGGACUCAUAGCCGAAGCGGUCCUAAAACGGGUAGUUGGUUUUCCAACACAACAAAAUGAAAUGGUAGACGCGGUACGUGGAUGA